CAUAGUAGUAUAUGAACCUAAAACUUGAAUUCCAAUACCUCCCAUAAUCACCAUGGAUCUUUGCACUUACCUUCAAUCAAUUGCAAUUUUGUUGCUGUCGUUAUAUAUUUUCUCGAGAAGAGCACCCAAAAAUUCCAAGAAAAGUUGCAUCCCUGAACCAUCUGGUUCAUUGCCACUCAUCGGUCACCUCCAUCUACUAGGUGGGAAAGAGCCAAUCUGCAAGAAGCUAGCAACAAUGGCAGACAAACACGGCCCACUCUACUCACUCAAACUCGGAACCCACCGAGUGUUGGUGGUGAGCAGUUGGGAAAUCGCCAAGGAUUGCUUCACGGACAAUGACCGAACCCUGGCUACUCGAGCUAGCAUCGCUGCUGGGCGGCACAUGGGUUACAACAAUGCCGUCAUGGCACUCGCCCCAUACGGCGAAUAUUGGCGUAACAUCCGUAAGAUAGCCACGGUCGAGCUUCUUUCUAGCCACCGUUUAGAGAAGCUAAAGCACAUACGUUUCUCCGAAAUGGACUCGUUCAUCAAAGAGUUGUACGGACUUUCACGAAACGGUGCCAAAGUGACCAUCAACGAGGCUUUGGAACGAUUGACGUUCAACAUCAACCUACGGUUACUCGUCGGAAAACGAUUUUCCGGUUGUGAUUACGAGGAAGUAAACAGCGAACCGUGGCGGUACGGGAAGGCCAUUAAACGAGCGUUGCAUCUUUCCGGGGUCUUCGUCUUGGCGGAUGCUCUACCGUACCUCGAAUGGCUUGAUAUUCAAGGUCAUGUUCGUUCCAUGAAGAAAACAGCCAAAGAACUCGACUCAGUAAUCAGUGUUUGGCUCGAAGAACAUCUAAAGAAGAAAAAGGCAAACCAGGGUACCUCUGAAAAUGAUUUCAUGGACGUGAUGUUAAAUCACUUACCGGAAGAUACUGUAAUUUCAGGCCAUAAUCGCGACAACAUUGUAAAAGCAACAACACUGAUUCUUUCAUUGACUGGAGGAGAAAGUACAUCAGUGACAAUCACAUGGGUACUUUCUUUACUACUGAACCACCCGAAAAUUUUAAUGGCUGCACAACAAGAGUUGGACCUCCAUGUUGGAAAACAAAGAUGGGUCGAAGAAUCGGACAUUAAGAACCUCAAAUAUCUACAAGCCAUAGUUAAGGAAACUCUACGAUUAUACCCACCAGGACCCAUCACCGGAAUCCGUGAAGCCACCAAAGAUUGUCGCAUUGCUGGCUACGAUGUCUCAAAGGGUACUCGUUUGAUUGUGAAUCUUUGGAAAUUGCAACGAGACCCACGGGUUUGGGAAAAUGCCGAUGAGUUUCGUCCAGAAAGGUUCAUGACGACGCAUGUUGAUUUCGACGUUAGGGGUCAAAAUUUUGAAUACAUGCCGUUUAGCUCCGGUAGAAGGUCAUGCCCUGGAAUCACGUUUGGGUUACAAGUUGUUCACUUGAUGGUGGCAAAACUAAUUCAGGGAUUUGAUAUUAAGACCGCAGAAGGGACUGCGGUGGAUAUGGAAGAAGGCUUAGGACUUGCCUUACCUAAGCUGAAUCCUAUUGAUGUUGUUCUAAGGCCACGCCUUCGUACGGAGUUCUAUGAGUGCCUUGAAGACAUGAAUAAAUACUAGAGAUUUUAAGUAUUUUAUAUUUGAUUAAAUAAAUAAUGUCCAAAUUAAGGUCUUGAAUAUAAGAACGUACGUAUAAA